AUGGCGACGGCGAGGCCGCGGCGUUGCCAUGGGGACGGCGGGGCCGACACACGGGGCCGCCAGCGCCCCCCGCCGGGCCGCGGCCGAGCCCACGCCUUCCCUCCGCCCGCCCGGCGCCUGCUCCCCGCCCUGCCCACAUAUUUCCACUCCCGCUUGGAGCAGGAGCUUGCGGGCCCGGCCAUGGCAGCGCGCGUGUCCCGCUGGCACAGCUACCUCGGCGUCACCCUGUCCCGCGAGGGGCAGCGGGUGGAGAGUUUCCAGCAGGCCGAGGACAUCCUGCUGACCCUGCUGGAGCACGUCCACGAGCGGGACCCCCGCUUCCUCGUGGAUUACUGCAGGAACCUGGAAGCCUUGGAGUUCGCCCUCCGUGCUUCUGAGGAUGCUGUCACCCUGGAGGUGCCCCUGCGGAUUGACGGCAACACCCUGCGGGCACGGGCAUGCCGGCCUGGAGACAGCCCAGCCGAGAGCGUGACUCCUGGGCACCAGCCCGCGUCUGGCACCUGUUACCUCGAAGUGCCCUCUCAGGAGACCAGUUUGAAGGACUGGACCAGUGCAGAUGCCUUAGGCAUGAUGGAACAGGCAGGUGGCACCGGGUGUCUGGUACCGAGUAAAGUCCUCUGCCGCCUGAAAGAGCUCCUUGUUUCGGCCAUCGUGCACUGCCAGCGCCAUUUCCUCUUUCAGCCAGGUGACCUCAAUGCUGAACAUUUAAAGGAAGACGCUAUGGAGCUGUCCCUGCUGAUCCGUGGUGGGUGGAAAACCGUCCGCUUCAACAUCAUCCCUGUGGUGAGGAGGCAGCAGGAGCCGCUUGAGCUUGGCAGGCAGCCGAGUGACAAGGGUUUCCCUGAAGGCAGCCUCCAGAAGGCCACAGAAGAGGCCCACUUCGUCCCUGCCUCUCCUUAUUGCUGGAGAUCCUCCACUCACAUUCCAGUCCUGAAGCUGCUCCAUGCAGUGGGCACUCUGAAGGGUCCUCGUCUAGACAGCCUUCGCCUGCUUGACCAGGUCAACUCCGAGGACUGGAGGGAGGAGGGCAAGAAAUGCGGCCUCACGUUCAACCACCUGAAGAUGGUGCUACUGUGGAGCACAGAGCUGUUUCCUUCACCGGAGGACUGGCAGGACCUCGAGGGCUCGGUCUACAGGCUUUUGGUGAUCCUCCUCUGCUGCUUGGCCACCCAGCGCUUGCCCCACUUCCUGCACCCGGAGGAAAACCUGUUCCAAGGAGAGCCUCUGGACCUCAGCUCACUAUACUGUAUGGUGGAGGGCUUUGCCCGGGACCCCCAUCGCUUCCUCCACUUCCACUUUAGCCUCCCUGUGCACACCAGUGGCCUGCAGGCAGAUCCUGGCAUCAGAGCCCUCCUGCAGCUCCCAGCCAAGGACAAGACCUACUGGGACACAGCCUAUUUUGACAUCCUACUCAGCCAGUUCCAGAUGUACCAGAUCCAGGACCAUGCACGCCACUUGGCUAUGUCCCAGCUCCUGUCCAAGGCCCGGAGAGAAGUGCCAGUGCAGAGCUGA